AUGGCGACUGUGCAAGUGGUGAUAAGUGACUUUGGGCGCAAGCUGAGUCCUGAUGCGCCCAUCUUCAUUGAUCCCUCCUCUGUUGCUAUCCUUCGCGUGACGGUCCAGCCUUACGAGUUCAUGCAUUUGGCAGAGUUCUGUGAGGGUCGUUAUCUGGAAGCACAGUGCCUCCACAAUAAGCAGCUCUCUCUGAAACUUGACUUCUCUGUCAUGGGAACUGCUUUGAACUGUGACAUACCGGUGGGUAAGCUUUCUCCGGGCCUUUAUCAGAUGCGUCUCCGAUACCGUGAGAUUGCCGUGCAUGCCUUUCAGAUUGCCCCGGAGCACAACCAGUCUUUCUUUGUGACUGUGAAUCCUCCUGUCAGCACAGAGGGAAUCUCUAUGUGUACUGUUUACAGUCAUGCACUUGGGCCCAUUGACAAGUGGAACGACAUCCUUGGCAACAUGAUCGACUCCAAAGGCUUUAACAUGAUCCACUUCACACCUAUCAAUAGGUUCGGCUCCUCUGGCUCCUGCUAUUCUCUGAGCUCAUGGACAGAGUGGCACAAGGCCGUCGGAACAGAGCUCAAGCUUCGCGAGUUCGUCUCGGAACGGUUGAAUAAGAACGGAGUUCUGGCAAUGUAUGAUGUUGUGCUCAACCAUGUUGCCCCGACAUCGAGGAUGAUCCGCACAAACCCGAGCUACUGCUUCAAUGUCGAAGACUAUCCGUAUCUUCUUCCUGCCGCCCUUCUGGACAUGAAUCUUCGAGUCAUCGAGGCGUCCAUCCUGCGCAAUGGUUGGAAUGGCUCGGGCACAGGGGUCUUUGGAGACGAGACAUCUCUGACACCGGAAGUUAUAAGAACAUUCAGACAAUCCAAGGACGCUACUGGGAUACAUGCUCCUGGACACGUGAAGGACGCGUACUACGAUCUUCAAUCUCUCCUUUCCGAGCAUGAGAGAAGAGUCCUCACUCUCUAUAAUCUGCGCUGCUGCUACUGGGAGAGCGCUAGCGGUGAAGUUGGAAUUCAUCACGCGAAGGCAUCUGAGUUCUGUCACACCCUCACGAUGUUUGUCGGCAACGUUUUCGACCAGCUGCACCUUUAUGAGUACGAGCUCCUUGAUACCGACAGCGUCGUGUCAUCGUUUUUGGACAUGAUUGGGCAUCUCCGAGAGAGCGAGAUUCACAGUUUUGUAGAAUUCUGCUACUCCACGGUUGUAGAUCAAUAUGAAAAGUAUACGAUUGUCGGACGUGAAAGGUGUGCCAGUACAUUACGCAUGGAUAGAAUUUUCCGGGCCAUAGGGACCGCAAACAAGAAUCUUUGGGAGCCUGUUGCGGUUGGGAGCUGCACGGAUAGUCUUGUGAGCUCGAAGAUAGCCGAUAGCUUUUCCAGCAAGUCCACGGCGAUCUCUCAGAUUAAAAGCGUUCUUGACGAUGACUCUGAAGGCAAGGCCAUGACGGGAGAUGAGCUCCAAGCCAAGUUACACCAGGUCACAGAGGCUAUCAGGGACAUCUGUAGAACUAUCAAUGAAAGAGUCUACGUCCGCAGUAGGGAGGAUCGCCAAGCAAUUCUUUCGGCUAUUGGUGGAGGCGUUUGGUACAGGUUGUUUGUAGACGUGAAGCCGGCGUUCCAGGCCCUCUGCUUCAGUGACAGGCCGCGAUUCAAUAUUUUCUUACAUGGUUUCCAGCCUGUUCUUUCUCACCUAGACGACAAGCUCUCCUCUGAUGACAUACUAAAGUGUCUCGAGAUGAAUCCAACGGAGACCCUUAAGCAAAUGGAGUCGGGUAAGGUACUCUGUAUGGCAUGUAAUGGCUGGGUUAUGGGGGCCGCCUAUGACUUUACGAUGCGCGAACACCGUGCUUACCUCCGUUGUAGCGUAAUCACCUGGGGAGACUGCAUAAAGCUGGCGUAUUAUCUCCCUGAUGGGUCUCGAAAUAAGCCCCUUUGGACCGCUGCUCUUGUCUACAUUGAACGCUGUGCUAGCAUCUUCAACUCUAUCCGCAUAGAUAAUGCACACUCCACAGACAAGACUCUUCUCCGACAUCUUCUCUCGGCAGCUCGCCGUGUCAAUCAAGAUAUAUACAUCAUGCUAGAAUGCUUCCUAGGCAGCGCUGAUGCAGAUGCGAGCUUCCUUCAGGAGGUGGGAGCAAACUCCCUUGUUCAUGAGCUCAUCAACGUGACCAGCAUAGGUGAGCUUUGUGGUACUGUUGUCUUUGGAGGCGAGCCUGUUGGGCAGGUUAAGGAUAACUUUUCGCUCUGUGUUCCUGCACUGAUGUUCGAUGUUACUCAUGAUAACAAUCCUCCAGGAGCUGAGGUCUCAUAUCACCAGCGAGAAAAUCUGCUUGUUCUGGCAGCUAUUGCGUGCAGCAACUGCAGGGGCGGGAUGGCCACAACGUUUCUUAUGGGCAUAGGGUAUCCAGAAAAGAUUGAGGUCACGAAUCCAAGCGACUACAAUACGCUUUGUAAGGAUGGAAGGAUUGAGAUGAACAAGGGCCUUGGACUUAUCCAUGCACGCACUCUCCUGUCUAGGUUGCACGUUGAGCUGCUAAGGAAUAAGUAUACACAAGUCUAUGCUCACUGCCACUACGACAAGCUCAUGACUGUCGAGCGCAUGAACCCCACGACAGGCGAGUCAUAUAUCUUUGUCCUUCGUCCAGCCUUUAAGUAUAACUGUGCAGAGUGGAUAGGGGUCAUUGAUAUUGAGUUUCUCGGAAGUUAUGUGCGUCCGUACAUGUGUUAUCGUCCAGAUGGAUACUACAGGACAAUAGACGACCUCCAGCCAGACAGGGUCCCGUUCGCGAUCAGCUCUGAAGAGAAUCGAUUUGUGUUGAGCUUCAAUGACAGCAACUUCCCCAAGGGCAGCGUCCUCAUUUUCCGCAAGAACUCUGCGCGAGAGUAUUCAGAGAUUAUGAGCCUCGCCGUAUCCGACGCCAGUGUUCAAACGUUUAAGAAUAGCUUUAUGAGGAUUCCUCCAUUCCAUCAGAAAUGGUUCCUUUGUCAGGUUUGUGAAGACGAGGGCGAUUAUGUGCAGCAGGGGCCAUAUGUGUUUGCCAACGACCGCGGGUAUCUCCUUCCCAGUUAUAGCGGCUUUGAUGGAAUACGGGACUCCUUGUAUGUCUCUGAUGUUUCUGGCCCAGUUGCGGCGAACAUUCGCUACGGCGACUGGCUCCUCGACUACAUAUGUGACAGGGACCAAAAGUACUACGAGAGAUUCUGUGCCAACGAUGUGGACACCAGUGAUGAGACUCGAGAAGCUGUGAGCUCGGUGCUGAUGGCUCUCCACCGCUAUGUCCGAAUGAUUAAGCGUAUUCCAACCUCCUUGAGACCUAGAUGCCUACGCCAUGUCUAUGCCGUGUUCGACGAAGCCAUAAAUACAGCCAUUCUAGUGAAAGAAGGCUUCAUUGCGCCAUCCGCAAUAAACACCGUCGCCAAGCUUACUGACCUCCAGCUUGUCUUUUGCCAUAUGUACAGGGCGUCGUUAUCCUUUAUUGGCUUCGAGCCCUCGCACAGCAACGUUGACCUGAAGUAUGCAAAUGUUGUCCUGAGUCUCCUCGAGCAAAUGGACACCUUUGCCAAUGAUGGCUUGCUGAAUACGCUUCGUGAGGAUCUCUACAACGAGGAUUCUCGUCUGAACAAUGUCUCUCUCUGCGCUGGAUACCCGCACUUCUUCCGUGGAAUGUUUCGCUCGUGGGGCCGUGAUAUCGCACUUUCGGUGACUGGGGUAUGCACCAUCCAUAAGUCACGCCAAGCAAUAGCGAGGCAGAUCAUUGUCACAAGCUUCUCGCUCCUGCGCCACGGGCUGCUACCAAAUCUGCAGGACAGUGGCAGAAGGCCGCGCUACAACGCACGCGACGCAGUCUGGUUUAUGCUGUCUGCGCUUCUAGACUACAUUCGAUACACCGGCGACGAGUCCAUCCUCGACCAGGCUGUUGUACGCUUCUACCCCAGUGAUAGGCAGGAAGACUACGAGCUAGCUGAUGGGUUCUAUGUACUGAAGGACCUUGUCUCUGGGAACGAAACAGCCCUCUGCAGCCGUUACAUAGCUACAAUAAGGGAGCUUGUAAUAGAGAUUCUCUCACGUCACCACGAGGGUAUCCACUUCAGGGAGUGGAACGCUGGUUAUCAGAUUGAUGAGCACAUGCGUGACGAGGGCUUCAACAUUGAUAUCGUUGUAGAUGAUGUCUAUGGUCUCGUGUCCGGAGGAAAUGCAAGCAACUGUGGAACGUGGAUGGACAAGAUGGGGUCCUGUGAUUGGGUCAACCGUGGUGUUCCAGGAAGCAGCAGGCACGGUGCCAAUAUCGAAAUUAAUCUGUGCUGCCUGGGUGUUUUGGACUUUAUAUGUAAAAAGGGCAAGGCAUUCAUGCCUUCUGCUAAAUGCACUGGCCAUAUCUCGUUUGAGGAGAUAGAAGAAUGGAGGAACAAGCUCAGCAGGACCAUCGAAGAUGCUGAUGGGAUCACCGCAACGCUUUCGACAAAUCCCGGUACUGUCAUAUCCAGUGGAAACGACGCACUUAUCCGCACCAUUCACAGGCAGAGUAAGUCUAGGAUGCUUCGUGACACCAUCACUCCAGACUUUCUUCAGGCUUUUAAGGACUGUAAGAAUGAUAAGAGCAAGAUGAAGUGGAGGCGCGUGGACCCACAGAAUACAUACUUCAGGCCAAACUACUUCAUUGGCCUUUCAUUCUUGAAGGACAACGAGUCUCUACUGACCAGCUUGAAAACGGAGGUGUCGGAUGGCUUACAUGAGCUCCAUAAUGGCGUCAUGGAGGAUCGCUAUAUCAUCCACGCCCGCCGUCAUCUCAAGGUCACGCAUGCUGAGAGACAGUAUGGCAAGCCACGUGACGUGGUGCCUUGGUACAUGAUUGGUAUGAGAACAGUGCACCACCUGGACCUGGCCUUCCGCGCCUACUAUGAUCUUCAUGACUCGUCAUCAUUUGAAACGGCCGGAGGCAUGUCGUAUCACAACGGCCCUGCAUGGACUCAUGUCUAUGCCCGCGCAAUCACGUCGGCUAUCCUUUCUGGGUAUCAUGAGCCUGAGAGGUUAUUUAUUAACCUGGUAUCCUUCCUGAAUAACCACUCUAACGUCAAUGGCAGCUUUAAGUCAAUCCCGGAGCUUCAGCAGGGCGAUGGCAGCUUUUGCUAUGCCUCGUGCACCUCACAGGCGUGGGCUGUAGGAGGGUUUGCGGAAGCCCUGGCUCUGCUCUUAAAGCGCGAGUGA